AUGACUGGGGAGAAAAUAAAGCUGGAACGGGUUGCUUGGGGGGAAAACCGCGCCGAUAGGGGGAGGCCAGGAAUUGCUAACGCGCAAUGGACGGGAUCAGAUGCCGCGGUGUACGACGAGCAGGAUGGCGACUUUCUCUUUACGCGCGGCUCGAAACGAGCCAGGACCUCGACGGCCGCUGGCGACUUGGAUGCUGCCGCUCCCUCGACGAUAGCAGCUGCUCCUGCGACGAAAAAGGCGGCAGGGCGACCGGCUAAGAAGACCGCGCCCAUGCCGAUCGUGGGUGGGAGGAAACGCGCCGCUUCACCGCAGCUGGCGCCCGUUGAGGAGACGCCGCCACCGGCGACGAAGAGGCCGACGAGGAGGAAACCGAGCGCGUCCCCAGCGCCAGCGCCAGAACCGAAACCGCUCACAGUUUCGAAGACGCGCACCAGACGGACAGAGGCGGCGGCCGCGACGACGGCUGUGGCUGCACCGGCCAGCACCGACGUGGCGACGACUGGUCGACGGACGCGAUCAUCUAUGGAAACGGUGGUGGAAAAUGGGGCAGGGAAUCAUCAUGUAGCGCCAACACCAGUAGCAACGACGGCACCUGAGUCAAGGAAACCGAGUCGGGGGAGGCCACCGACAAAGAAGCGAACGGCAGCAGCGGCAGCAGCGGAAGACAGGGCCCUGGAACCGGUUGCGACACCUAGGAAUGAUGCGAUGGACACCAGCAUGGACGACGGGCCAGCUGGCGAGGGGAUAACGUAUGGUCAGGAGCAUCACGAGCCGGCGCGCAAGAUUGCCCUUCCCUUUAGCGAUACCCCCAUAAUGGACCGCAACAAGGAGUUGCGUAGGAAGGGCGGGGCGGGAGGCAGUGGAGCACGACGGAGCAGCCUAGGGAUGAGAGGCAGGCGGGCCAGUUCUCUGAUCGAUAAUGGCCACAGUGCAAUACCACACCGCGAGGUCAACUCUGGCGAGUUCUACAAGCACAUCGAGGCCGAUGUGAUAGAGCCGAGGAGGAUGAAGCAGCUGCUUACGUGGUGCGGAGAGAGGGCGUUGCUGGACAGGCCGGCGCACGGCUCUGUGGAUUCCAUGAAUUCUAAUGCUAUUUUGGGAGCACGCGCAAUACAAGAUCAACUGUUAAAGGACUUUGGAAACAAGUCGGAGUUCUCGGACUGGUUCAGCCGAGAAGACGAGGCGAGUGAAGCCGAGCUCAAGCGGCCGGUAAUCACAAAACCAAACCCGGUAAAUAUCGAGAACGAGAAGAAGAUAGUGGAGCUGGAGGCUACCAUCAAGCGCCUAAAAUUGGAAAGGAAAAAGUGGUUGGCGCUGGAGAAGCCACCUCCUGAAUUCCCACCCCUCUUUGAAGAUGAAGACCCGACCAAGGCUCCGCUUCCCGACGAAGGGGCGCUCGACGAUGAAGAGGCGCGCAUGUUGCGUUCUCUAACGGAGCCGACCAGCAACUUUGCGUCGCUGCGAGCAAAAAUGCAGUCUCGACUACAGUCCCUGAUGGCCCCGCUCGAGGUUGAAAUCGACAAGCUUGCCGACAGCGUGCACAAGCUCGACCAGCGCGUCGCGGCGGGCGGGCGACAGGCGGACCGGGUGCUUGGUCUGAGUGCAGACCGACUCAAGGAGCGCGAGGAACGCGAAAAGGCCGCAGCCGGCACCAAAAACCUGCCCGUCAUGGAGGUACUGAGGAGUCUUGGCAAGAUAUUACCCGAGGAAGACGGCUAG